AUGCACACCGUACGGAACGCAUCCUCAUCCACGUGCACCGUGCUGAAAACGCCGAGGUCGGACAAGGCGCCGAGGAUGCGGCGCCAGGCCGCGGCCAAUACGGCCAGCCGCAAGACGCUGAGCCUGUCAAAGUGGGGAAUUCCCGUCGCGAUCCCGCCACCGCCACUGGUCGAGGUGUUUGACUUUUGGAACGCCGAGCUUCGCCAGCUCACAUUUCACGCCGGCGACCCGUGGUCGAUAAGCUACGGCAGGCGAGAGGAGCGCAAGAACCUGCAGUUUGUUGCGUUGGCUGCUGAGGCUCCGGGGGCAGUUCCCGUCUACGACUGGUGGUCGGAGCGCGACCGCCGACUGACGAUCCACCCGCCGCCCGCGUGGGAGGGCGAGUCGCGCCGCGGGCUACAGUUCUACGCCUUUGAACAGCCGGCCGAGGGUACGGUUGCGGUGCACGCCUACUGGAACUCGUCGCUCAAGCAGAUCACCGCGCAUGCCGGGCCGCCGUGGGGAAAGGACGAGCGCACCACGCCGCUCGGCACCAUCCUGCACGCCUACCCCAACCAUGCUGCUGCGCCGCCAAACUCCGUGAUCGCCCGAGCUCUGUACGCCUCUGAGGCGGUGACAGAUGCCCAGUCCAUCGCCGAGCCCGUUGCCGCUGCCGCGUCUGCCGCUGCCGCUUCCGUCGUCGCAGCUGCGGCGAAGGCGCGAUCUCGCAUCGCCACCCACCUGGCGCCGUCCGCGGAGCAGCGCGCUGGCACGCUGGGCGUCGCAUUCGUAGCCGGAGACCGUGCGCCGGCCCCCGCCGCGCGCGCUGUCAACAAGUGGGUGGUGCUCGAGAACAGCGAACUCUACUUCUUGCCCAACGCCUCGGCGGGGGCGACGGCGCUUGAGGCGAAGCUCGGCGUGGUUGACGUGCUCGAGCAAGCCUCUCUCUGCUCGUACAUGCUGCGAGCGUCAACGCACCGCCUGAUCGUCUGGUACAACGCGCGGCUGACGGCAGCGCCUUACUCCACCAAAGCCGUCGGCACCGGCGUGACCUAUACUUUCAGCGACCUUACAGCACAGGCCAUCGAGGCCGAGCCACGAGCUGUGGGAGAGCGCGUCGAACGGGCGCUCAAGUUCGGAGCCGUGGGCGGCCUGUGGGUCGGACCGCUGUUGACGCACUGGUUUAACUUUAUGGAGCGCAUGCUGCCGGGCGCGAGCCUGCGGCCGCUUGCGAUCAAGCUCUUUGUGGACCAGACCGUGCAGGGCCCGUUGAUGAUCGGGUCCAUGUUCUGCUGGUGCGCCCUGGCCAAUGGCGCCUCGCUGCCCGCCAUCCGCGCCAAGCUCGAUGAGGAGCUCUUCUCGACGUGGUGCGCGUCCGUGUGGGUGUGGGCGCCUGUGCAGGUGCUCCAGCAAGCGGUGGUGCCUCUCCAGUACCGCGUCGCGGUGUCCAACCUAGUCUCGUACUUCUGGGACACCUACCUCUCGCUGCAGAUGAUGCCGGCGCCGGCGGAGGCGGGAGCGCCCGUCGAUCCCUUCCCGCGGCAGGCGGCGACGGCGGCGGCGCCCGGCGCACAGCCGCUCUUGCGGCGCCGGUCGAGCACUUUCCUGCGCGACGAGCCACCCACUCCCAGUGAGGCCAAGCUGGUGAAGCGGCGAUCGAUCCUGGGUCCGGCAGAACACAAGUGAUGGGGGAGGUGCACGUAGGCUGCAUGUGCUCCAUGGUGUGUUUAUGCCGUACGUCGUAGAUUUUAGUUGGGGAGCUGGAGUCUGCCAUAUCGAGAGAUAUGCCGCGAGCCGGGCGCGAGCAUACAGUAAAAA